AUGAUAGUUCUUUCUCUUAAACGGAUUGCUAACCAAAACACGAUAUUUUUUCUUAAACGGAUUGCUAACCAAAAAAUACGAUAUUUCUUUCUCUUAAACGGAUUGCUAACCAAACACGAUAGAUCUUUCGGAUUCUUAAACGGAUUGCUUAAACCAAAAAUAACGAUAUUUUUCUUUCUCUUAAACGGAUUGCUAACCAAAAGAACGAUAGUUUUUUCUCUUAAACGGAUUGCUAACCAAAACACGAUAGUUCUUUCUCUUAAACGGAUUACAACCAAAAGCGCGAUAUUUCUCUCUAAACGGAUUGCUAACCAAAACACGAUAGUUCUUUCUCUUAAAACUUCUUUCUUCUUAAACGGAUUACAACUAAAAUACGAUAUUUUUCACUUAAACGUACUGCUAACCGAACACGAUAGUUCUUUUUCUCUUAAACGGAUUGCUAACCAAAGCACGAUAGUUCUUUCUCUUAAACGGAUUGCUAACCAAAACACGAUAGUUCUUUCUCUUAAAUGGAUUGCUAGCCAAAACACGAUAUCUCUUUCUCUUUUAAACGUAUUGCUAACCAAAACACGGAUAGUUCUUUUCUCUUAA